AUGGGACGGGCGCCUCGCCUCCCCGUCCCGGAACGUUUGGAGGCCGGAACCUGCCGCCCGCCCGGGGGGGAAGGGGCGGGGGAUGAGAGAAGAGCGGACGCGGCGCCGCCGCCAUUGCCCGGGCUCCGCUCCCGCCGCCCAUUCCCGGCCUGUCCCGGCCAUUCCCGGCCUGUCCCGGCCAUGUACCGGCCGGGGUUCCGCGCACCCACACCUCCCUACGCGGGCGGCGGCUUCCGGAGCCCUCCCUCCGGCGGAGGACCCCUGCCGCCCUCUCCGCGGGGCUACGGGAGCCCCCACCAGACGCCGCCCUACGGCCACCGGCCCGGGCCGCACGGCAGCGGCCUCUCGCCCCGGGGCCCCGCGUUCCACGGGCCCUUCGGCAGCCCCUCGCCGGGGGCGCAGACCCCGCGCAGGCCGCACAGCGUCAGCCCCCGGUACCCGGCUCCGUACGGCGGCGCCUCCCCGGCCGGAGCGCCUCUGCACCCGCCGCCGCAGCACAAGCGCUCGCCCGGCGGCUUCCAGAGGCACUUCCAGGGAUCACCCAGGACAUCUACUCCAUUUGGUACAGCGCAUGGCAGAGAGAAAAGAGUGUCUAAUGAUGUGGAAAACUAUUACAGACCUUCAAUGCUUGAGGACCCAUGGGCUGGCCUAGAGCCAGUGUCUGUUACAGAUAUAAACCAGCAAUACAGCAGUGAGCAAACAACAUGUACUGGUAAAAAAGGGAGGUAUUUCAGCUAACACUUUUAAAGGCCAAAUAAUUCCAUCUUGUCAGGAAAACUUUGGGACAGAAUAUUUACACUUACACAAAAUGAACAAUAACCAAGACCUUAGACAAUACUUUUAUUUCAUCACAUGUCCACCCUUUUAUCCUACCUUUUUUUAUUGCAUUGGAUAUUUUUAUGUAUGGGAGGCAAAAGGAGUGGUAGGAAAACUUAUAUUUCUGGCUAUGUGGAAGUGCCUACCAGCUCUGAAGAACAAAGUGUUCUUUAAUCACCAGCGACUGAUUUGUGACUGUUAAAACAAGUUUCCAUAUACUUACCUCUCCCAUGCCAGAUUGUUAGCCUUUUAUUGUAAAGUCUCUUAGGAUGUGGUAUUUUUUAUGUUUCAACAUUUUUAGAUUGAAAUAACUUGGAAAUAAAAUAAAGUUUUGUAAAUCGUUGUUUUGUAAUGUAUAAAGAAUAUUUUAGGAGUUUUGUUAAGAUGAACACAUUAACACAGUAAUUCACAACACUGAAAUUAGGUGACUUCUGUAUGUGUGCUUGUAUGCUGUAGUUAACAUCUGGUUUUGUGCAUAAUUCUUUUUGUUAAUUGCAGUGUAAUGUGAAGUUGAAACAUGACUUAUAGCCAUCUCAGGAAACAAAUGUAUUGGUUUUGGAAAGUUUAAUUUGUUGAACAGUCUCGAGUCACAGACUUAAUUCUGGAAUUAUUUGCUUUUGUGUUUAAAUAUAUAUAUAUUUGGAUCAAUAUUAGAAAUUUCUGGAUUACAGUAACAAGUCUGUUGACAAUUUAAGUCUAAUGAACGCAUAAAACAUCAAGCUCAAGUAAAUGCAAAUGUUCUUUCUGGAUCCACCUGCUAGAAUAGUAAAGAAUGAAUGACAGGUUUUGUUACACAGUUAACAUUAGUACAUGCAUAGCAUCUUUUUUAUCCAUUUUAUAUUUUUCAAUUAUUUUUUAUUUUUACUUAGAGCAAGCAUCAUUGCCAGGAGAAUCGUUUUGUGUGUGUACAUGCUGUAUUUUUAUACUGAAGAGGAAGGGAGUGGUCUGGGUUUUUUUAGAGCUUGUCUUUACAUGGAAGAUCCAUGCUUAAAUCCAGGAGUGAAUAUCAGAAUGUAGAAUAGAAAAAGACAUAGUUCCAGCCGCAGAUAUGUUCUUAACUUGCCAUGUUAAACCUGCAGUAGUUAGAUAUAUUUACUGUUCAACAUACCACUACUUGUUUGUUGAUCUUGGCUUUUAAGCCAAGGUAGAGUGUAAAAACUUUGUUAAAUAAAACCUUUAGUUUAGUUUUCAAAAUA